GGGGGUGCGGCCCCGCGGGGCGCGCUCGGCCCCUGAAGUGCGGGCCUCUCUAAACGCGCUCUCUCCGCAGGCGGUUGUUGAGUAGAGGUUUGCAGGGUCGGGAUGUUGGGGGUGCGCGCGGUCCAGGAGCAGAGGCGCCCGGAGCAGAGCGCGGCGGGCCAGUCUCCCGCACGCUUUGUGUUGGGGCUGGACGUGGGCAGCUCGGUGAUCCGCUGCCACGUCUAUGACCACGCGACGCUGAUUCGCGGCUCCAGCGUGCAGAAGCUGCAGGAAUAGAGAUGAAUCAAAUUGUUGGUCUUGGCAUUUCAACACAGAGAGCAACUUUUAUUACGUGGAACAAGAAAACGGGAAAUCAUUUUCACAACUUCAUUAGUUGGCAAGACCUAAGAGCUGUUGAACUUAUAAAGUCUUGGAAUAAUUCCCUCAUAAUGAAGGUGCAAAAGGCAAUUGAAGAAGAUAAUUGCUGCUUUGGGACUAUUGAUACCUGGUUAUUACAUAAGCUCACAAAAGGUUCUGUAUUUGCCACGGAUUUUUCAAAUGCCAGUGCAACUGGACUAUUUGACCCUUUUAAGAUGUGUUGGAACCGGCUCCUUACUUCCAUGCUUUCGAUACCACUGUUUAUCCUGCCUCCUGUGAGGGAUACGAGCCACAAUUUUGGAUCAGUGGAUGAAGAGUUAUUUGGUGUCCCUAUACCAAUAGCGGCCUUGGUCGCUGAUCAGCAAUCAGCCAUGUUUGGAGAGUGCUGCUUCCACAUAGGAGACGUGAAACUAACCAUGGGAACUGGGACAUUUUUGGAUAUUAAUACUGGAAAUAGCCUUCAGCAUACUAUUGGAGGCUUUUAUCCACUAAUUGGGUGGAAGAUUGGCCAAGAAGUUGUAUGCUUAGCUGAAAGCAAUGCAGGAGACACUGGUACUAUCAUCAAAUGGGCUCAAGAAUUAGAUCUUUUCACAGAUGCUGCUGAGACUGAAAAAAUGGCCAAAAGUUUAGAAGAUUCUGAAGGAGUCUGUUUUGUUCCAUCUUUUAGUGGAUUGCAGGCUCCAUUAAAUGACCCCUGUGCAUGUGCCUCUUUUAUGGGUUUGAAGGCUUCCACCAAUAAAUACCAUCUUGUACGAGCAAUAUUGGAGUCAAUAGCUUUCAGAAACAAACAGUUAUAUGAGUUGAUGCAGAAAGAGAUCCAUAUCCCUGUGACAAAAGUCCGGGCAGAUGGAGGAGUUUGUAAGAACAAUUUUGUUAUGCAGAUGACUUCAGACCUGAUUAAUGUGAAUAUAGAGAGACCCAUCAACUUAGACAUGUCCUGCCUUGGUGCAGCUUUUCUAGCUGGCCUUGCUGUUGGGUUUUGGACUGACAAGGAGGAACUAAAGAAACUGAGGCAAAGUGAAGUGGUUUUCAAGCCACAAAAGAAAUGGCAAGAAUAUGAAAUGAGUAUGGAAAACUGGGUCAAAGCAGUGAAACGCUCCAUGAAUUGGUAUAACAAGAUGUAGCACUAACUGGAACGACUGAAACCAUAUACGGCUGGUUGAUAUGACACGCAGAUGAGACACAGCUCAGGGAUAAUAACCAAUACGACAAUGACUGAGAAGAUUUCAGAUGAGCUUUGCAACCUGAGAGAAAAAACAUUGCUUUUUUGAAUACAAAACAAAACAAAAAAUCCCUCAUUUUAAAAUCUAGACCUUGGUAAGAUUGUAAGGCAACAGUACCUCAAAACUUUGUACCUUCUGUUUUUUAGGAAAUUCCAAAGGACGUUAGCCAUUUCCAGCCAUAUUUUGACAGCUAUGGGUCCUCCUCCUUUUUAUACUGGGUCAGCGAUACAUACGGACAUAAUUGUUUACUAUCUGAGUUAAUAGUUCUGGGUCAAGCAUCAUUCAUGUUUUGUUCCAAAAUUAACAAGUGUUCCUUUAAUUCUUUAAAAUUAAAUGGGCUAUAUGAAGUUUGCAUAGCUAGAAAGACAGACUCACUGAGGAAAUGUGGAAUUUUGCAACAUUAAUAUUUUAUAUUUAAAGCCGUAAUUGUUCAAUACUAUAUCCAAAUAUGAGCUCGAUAUAGGCUCACAUAAGCUUAUUGUUAGUCAAUUCUUUCCUUUAUUGGGCUUAAAGACACUGCCUUAAUUUUUCCUUGUUUCACCAAAAUCUGAGCAUUCUUUUUGUAUUGAAAAAAUAACUUUAGUGGAUGAAACUACAAAGGGUAAUGAUUCAUAAGGAAAAAGAAAAUAUUUUCUUUCUCAAAUAUUUGAAAGAAAAGGAUUUCUUUCAAAAACUUCUGGCUAAAGUGUUAACAUCCCAUUUUUUACAAAAUGCAGGUAGUGGAUAUAAAUCUUGCUUUGCUCUUCCUGUUCUUUAUCUUUGUUGUUGAGGUGCUUUGCAUAAAUGUCUUUUGCUUUUCUUAAGUGCCUAAUUGACAGAGCUUAAUUUGAAGGAAGUGCCCUAAUUCAUUGGUGACAUAAGAAUUGUCUUCAUUGGGGUAUUUUACUUAUCCAGGUAUCUUUUUUGGGGGAGGGGUUUCCUUUUUUUAAAUUUUAAGUUCAAUUAAUUAACAGUAUA